AUCGUAUUUACUAUAAGCGAAUCUGGCUUCUAUAUAUUCUGAAAGAACUCAUUUGAUGCUUUCAACUUAAAACGCCGAAUUCAAAAUUUCAUGGAUUUUCUAACAGUUCCACUCGUUCUAUUUUCCAUCGGAUUGCUAUGCACUCUACUUCUAACAUCAAAUUCCAGGGCCCGAAAAUCGCCCAAGCUCCCGCCAGGUCCGUACCCGUUGCCGAUCAUCGGCAACAUCCUCCAACUCGGAUCCAAACCCCACCAAUCACUCGCCAAACUAUCCAGAAUCUAUGGGCCCGUAAUGUCGCUUAAGUUAGGAAGCAUAACAACAGUAGUAGUCUCGUCACCCGAAGCCGCCAAAAUCAUACUCCAAAAGCACGAUGUAGCAUUCUCCAGUAGACCCAUCCUAAGCGCUGCCGAAUCCCUCAACCACAACGAAUUCUCCAUGGUUUUUCUCCCCGUCGAGAACCAGUGGCGAAAGCUCCGAAAAAUCUGCAAAGAGCAAAUGUUCUCAGUUCCCAGGCUCGACGCGAGCCAGGAUUUGAGGAGGGAGAAGCUGCAGAAACUGCGGGAGUACGUGAAAGCAUGCAGCGAAACGGGCCGGGCGGUAGACAUUGGAGAGGCUGCUUUCACUACAUCUCUGAAUCUGAUGUCUGAGAUGUUUUUUUCCAUGGAGUUUGCUCAGUUCAACUCAGUCUCGCCGAUGAAGGACGUGGUCUGGGGAGUGUUGGGAUGCAUCGGCAGCCCAAAUUUCGCCGAUUACUUCCCGAUUCUGAAACCGGCGGAUCUUCAGGGAAUUUUGAGGCAGACCACGAUUUACUUCGGGAAAUUGUUGGAUACUUUUGACGGAAUAAUAGAGGAAAGGUCCAAGUCCAGAUGCGGAAAAGAUGAUGUGGUGGGGACGCUGAUUGAACUCAGCCAAAGGGAUGACGCUGAACUAAACAGAAAUGACAUCAAGCAUCUGCUGGUGGAUUUACUUUUAGCUGGGACAGACACCACCUCCGGAACAGUGGAAUGGGCAAUGACAGAACUAAUGCGCCAACCCGACAAAAUGUCAAGAGUUAGAGACGAAAUCAGAAGCUUAAUCGGGGAAAAGGGACAAGUUGAGGAAUCAGACAUCGCACGACUCCCUUACUUACAAGCAGUAGUGAAGGAGACACUCAGGCUCCAUCCUGUUGCUCCUUUCUUGCUACCUCACAAGGCUAUUUCCGACGUAGAAAUCAACGGCUACAUGGUGCCGAAAGACACCCAGAUUCUUGUUAACAUAUGGGCCAGCGGCAGAGAUCCAUGCAUAUGGCCGAAUGCAGAUUCAUUCAUUCCAGAGAGAUUUCUGGACCAUAAUGUCCAAAUUGACUUCAGGGGUACAAAUUUCGAACUCAUUCCUUUUGGUGCAGGGAGGAGGAUUUGUCCGGGGCUGCCGUUGGCUCAUCGGGUGGUGCACCUGAUGAUCGCCACAUUGGUGCACAACUUCGGGUGGGAGCUCGACAUCGAAUUAGAAAAAAUGGACAUGAAUGAGAAGUUUGGGUUUACUGUGCAGAAAGCCAUACCUCUCAGGGCCAUACCCAAGAAAUUGUGAGAACUGUCUUUCACAUAAUAAGUAUAAUAAUACAGUAAAGAUCCGUUUGCUCUUUGAGAUAGGAUCAAAAUAUGAUAGAUAAAUGGUUGCUAACUCUUUUGAUAUGUACAAAUAUAAUAAUGUUGUAUUGUAUUUAUAUUGGAUGAUAAAAUUAAUGUUAAAAGGUGAGAUAAUACAAUCA